AUGAUUGAUACUAACACUAUUAAUAUAUCAAUAAAUACAGCAACAAAAGUUGAUAUAUUCAUCAUCAAUUAUAAUCAUGAUCUUUCAUAUACAAAAAAUAUCAAUAGUCGAUUAGCAGGACGUGAACAAGAUAUAUCUGAUUGUCGACAACCUUUUUUUAUUCAAGAUAAUUGGCAAACUCAAUUUCUUGAUGCUCUUCAUAAACGACAAUCAAUUAGAAUUCAUGAGGAUCAUCAUGCUGGAUUAGAUAAUAAAGAUCGAGUAGCUGUUCAAAUACUUUUUCAUAAUCGAUAUAUUCAAGUGGUCUUUUCUACGGCAACACUUCAUAUGGAUUUAAUAAAACCUUUGCCAGUUCAUAUGCCAACAAAAAUUGUUGCUUUUCUUAAAGAUCCAUUUUAG